AUGGUCCGAGUGGUACGAGUGGUCCAAGUGGUCAGAUGGGCUCGAAUGGUCCGUGUCGUCAGACCAUCUUUCCGAGCGGCUUGCAGUGUUCACCGGAACCGACCAGCCGAUGAACGGUCACCUCUUCUCACUGAAGCUCAGAGCAGACGCUGGUGCCCAUUCCUCGGCGGCAUUGAGAAGCUUCGUCUCCGACUAGGCCGAAGCAGAAUCAGUCGAUGCUAA